ACAGAGGCCGAGCGUGCAGACCUUUGGCUGUGUUGGACCAGACAGGGAUCUUUCUGAUAAAAAAGACCUGGGACCACGUCAAGGUCGGUCUCUCACCACGCCAAACCCGGAACUGUACAGAGUCAACUCAACGAACGACAAAAUUAUUCCUAGAGCAUUGAUACCGAUACAAAAUGUCUGGUGAACAUAUUAAACCGAAGUUACAAGCGCCUCCACUGCGUGAUGCACAUGAUUUAGAGUUGGAGAAAACAUUCAAAGCCUACAUUAAAGAAUUCAAUCCAAAGGUACCGAAGAGCGAGGACGGUCUCAUGAACGGACUGGUGUGGAGCUACUUUGUCACGAACCUGGACUUGGCGUUCGGCCCGGAGCGUGUAUUGCUUGGUUGUGAUGUAUUUAAUGAACACUAUGACCCUCAAGCGGAAAGAGAGGAAGCAUUGAACUACGAACAAUUUUCGAAAGCCAUCGACGACUUGUUGAAGAGAAAUGAGGAUUAUUGUAGAGGGAAAGAAGAUAGUCUUGCUCCAUCACGAGAUGCAAUCAUAUCUGCAAUCAUCAAGAGACCUGCGAAGAUAAACAUGCCAAAGUGGAUUCAUAAGUGUGCUGGGCACCUUCGAGAUUAUCUCCUUAGUGAAGCAGCACCCAAGGUAGGUGUUGCGGCGGCUAAGACGAUAAAGGCCAUUCAUGCCGUUGCUGCAUCAUCAGCAGAAGAUCUGGCAGGAAUAGGAGCUGCAGUCCCAUGGGUCGCGCCUCUCAUUCAAGUCUUCAAAGAGGUGUGGGAACAUGUUAAGGCCUUCAAAACGAUAGAUGACAGCAUUGAAGAGUUUGCUGGUUUGUUAAAAUAUGCUUCUGAUGCUAUUAUAUACAUUUACACUAAGGACCUGUACCAGGUCGCUAAUACAAAAGAUAGAUUGGAGUUCGGCCUAAAAUGUACAUUGGAAAAGUCCAAAAAGGUUCUGCUAAAAGUAAAUAAGCAUUGUACUGGGAACAUUUCGAAACUGCUUUGGGCGAAGAAGGAUCAGAUCAAGUUAAAGGAACAAACGAGAUCAAUCUUAGAUUGGCUGAGCUCACUACAGGUCAUGCAGGCUGCGGAAAGUAUGGAAUUGCUAGAAGAAACUAAUAAGCUGCUGGAAGAAUUGAAAGAGGGCCUAUCGAUGCAAUUACCAGAGAUCAACAAGAAAAUUGAUGGCAUGAAAGCGCUAAUCGAUGCGAUGAAAGAGACUGGUGAUGAUACAAAUGCGAUGGUUGGUGAGAUGAAAGAGAACGUUGAACAACUUUUACUACGUGUCGAGAGUUUAGAUGAUUUGGCCACGCUAAUUCAUAAAACACAAACACACCAUGAGACUCAGCAGAGCAAACCGAACGACUACGAGUACGACAUAAUGCUGCACGACACAUCUGAUCAAUCAGGAGAGGCAACUGAAAAAUUCUACCGCGAGCUUCAAGAUAUUGAAUUAUCGACUGGAAAAAAACUGAGGGUUUUUUAUUUCAAUAAAGGAGAACCAGGCACAGAUUUCAUUGCACUGCUUCAAGAUAAGUUUUAUAAGUGCGAAUAUUUCUUCUCCAUUUUAACAAAGUCCAAACCUGAAGAAACGGAAGCAAACUGGGUAUUAAGAGCAACCUUGAUUCAACUAUUGUACCAAAAGUACAGGAAGAAUAAUUUGAUUCCGAUAUUUCUUGGUGGUAAACAGGAUUGUCACAUUCCAUUUUUAUUACGUGGUGUGACAGGUAUUAGCUAUGUGCCUGAAAACGAAACACAGGUGCCUGAAAAUGAAACACAGGUGCCUGAAAAUGAAACACAGGUGCCUGGAAACAAAACACAGGUGCCUGAAAAUGAAACACAGGUGCCUGAAAAUGAAACACAGGUGCCUGAAAAUGAAACACAGGUGCCUGAAAAUGAAACACCGGUGCCUGAAAAAAGAACACAGGUGCCUGGAAAAAAGGGGACCUGGAAGGAUGACGUCCGAGGCCUGUUUGAAAAAAAGAAAUAAGACUGCCAUUGAAUAUUCAUAGGUUGGAGCGGUUCCGUCAAAUGCCUGUAGUUCAAGAAAUGUUACAAAAACACUAUUGCAUAUAUACUGUAUACGUUUGAGGAUCCAGACCUAGACACGAGUAUGUUUUUUUUUUCAAUACCCCUCCAAAUAUAUUUGCUGUGGUAAGUCUACAGAUAUGAAUAAGAAUAUGUUGCUGAAAAAAUUAAUUCAGAUUAUUGGAAACUUGGCAAUUAUAGGGGCGUUUUUUAUAUUUUGCUCCCAGUUGGUUGAACCGGCUGACACUAUCAACGUCUCUCCAACUUGUCCGAUUAUCUAAAACAUUCCGUUCACAACUACCAGUUUACAUUUCACCAUUUACUUUCUCGACUGUCCGGAAUAUCAUAUCAAAAUUUCAGUUUCACAACCCCACGCAGUAAUCGAUGCGCCGCGGUCAGACAUUGACAAAUUAACUGCUAAAAGCUUUAAAAAUCAACAGUGGUCUUGUCUAAAAUAUGUGCAAUAUAUACAUAAGAUAGGCCCAUAUUUCUACACAAACGUACGGAGCCUCCCUUUGUCUUCAAACCAAGUUUCUAGUCAUAUGAUAAAAAUUUACCAAUGAUCAAUGCGAUUCAGUUUUUUCGAUUUUGGCCAACUGGUGACCAAACCAGGAAUCGAACCAGACCGUAACUUAGUCUUAAAAAGUAGGUCAAAUAAAAAACCCGUGUGAUAUGUCAUACAUCGUUUUUACAUGUAUGUAACGGAGCACGCUAUAAGUAAUAUUCCUUUCUCCUCCAAGAAUCGUUUGGUAGCAAUACCACAACACGAGAACACGCAGUUGGUACGGUAACUAUGCCAAGACCAACAGCUGACGCCAAGGCAGCUCUAACAUUUCCACACAGUGAAAAUGUUAACCAUUUCGGUCAGCAAACGGGUUUGAGUUCACACAGGAGUCCUCACCACACCAUACGAACGUGUCUGCCUCCCCCAGCGUCGAGCUGUGAACUGCCCCACCUUCAAAAGUUUCACAAGUUAAAAAAACAUGGUCGAUCAGUUCAUAUUACCAAACACAUCACCAAAGAAAAAGUCCAAGAGAAUGUCAGGCUGGGUUUAGAAGGAAGUGUAGUACUAUUUAUAAUGAAUUUAUAUUUCAUACCUUGAUACACAGAAAUAUCGCAAAAAGGAAAGUUAGAUUUUACACUGCUUUUAUUGACUUUUCAAAAUCCUUUGAUGUUGUGAACAGAGGUAAAUUACUGACAGAGGUUGCUGGAGAUGAAGGGAGUAGAUGAUAACUUUUAAAUGCCAUAAAGGCAAUUUACAAGUGUAUACAGGCAUGUGUAACCCGUCACAGCAAAAGCAGUGGCAUGUCGCUCUGAUCUUGGCAGGUUGAGACGGACUGUUUGUUCAUUUCUCUGUUGUCUGCCUUUUGUGAAAUAUAAGCACAUCAAUUUCUUCCAUUAUCUCCUGGUGUCAUUCAGCCUCAUCUUCUGUGCGACAUGCGCCUGGUUUUGCGGUGACGGGUCACAUGUGUCAGAGCUGGUCAACAAUGUUCCGAGAGUAUUUUGACAGUACAGUUGGUUAGAAGUAAGGAUGUAUUUUAAGUCCAUUGUUGUUCUUAUAUAUGAACUAACUUAAAAAAUAGAAAGAAGUGGCCUUCGAGGGACAUGGCUCGUGAGGAUAAACCUAAAUUACAUCUAUUAUUAUUUGCUGGUGACAUCGUGUUUUUCUCAGACAACAAAAAUACUUAACAAGCUUUAUUAGAUAUUAUAGAGGAGCAUAAUCGAGAAUGGGUUUUGAAGGUAAAUUCAACGAAAAGUAAGAUUAUGGUAUUUAGAAAAGGAGUUGGAGUAGCAGCGUCUGCAACAUGGACAUAAACGGGGCAAGAGUUGGAGAUUGUGGACGAGUAUAUAGACCUAGGGUUGAAGUUUAUAUCAGACCUAUCGUGUACGAAUAUGGCAAGUUACAAGGCGGGCAUAGGUAAAAGAGCCGCCAUUGGUUGUUUUCAUUCAUUGGACAACUUUGCGAAUCUACCAAACAAUAUGUUCUUUAAGAUUUUUGACGCAAAGAUUAAACCUGUUAUGAGGUCUGGUUCAGAGAUCUGGGGAAAUGAAGAAUACCAAUGUAUUGAACGAGUACAAUUGUAUUGUUGUAAGCAACAUGGUCGUGUCAACGCAAGCUCAUAAUACUGCAGUGUUGGUGAUUGUGGUAUAGCGAAUUUUAGUUGUAAUACGAAAAUAAUAUGUACAAAGUAUUGGUUUAGAGAGCUAUGUAAAAUUGCCGUCACUGAUAGAUAUGCAAAACUAGCCUACCAAAUGCAACUCUAGGAUUUAGAAAAUGAUAAAACAAAUUGGGCCUCUGACAUUUGAAAAA